AUGCUUUCAGGGAAAUUUGCCGUGGUAACAGGUGGGGCAUCAGGAAUUGGACGUGCCAUCUGCCAUCGUUUGGCUCAGCAUGGAGCAAAACUUUUGGUUGUAGACUUAAACAAGGAUGCCGCUCGGGAAACAGUGAAGAAGAUUGGUAUGAUCCUUCAGAAGCUUACAGAAGAAGUUGCGCGGCUUCAUGAAUUCGUUCUAAAAGAGGUUGCAAAGUCACCGGAUAUUGUAGUCAACUGUGCUGGAAUAACUAGAGAUUCGACAUUGUUAAAGAUGUCCGAGAAGGAUUUUGACGAAGUUGUUGCGGUCAACUUGAAAGGGGUUUAUUUGGUCACUCAGGCCUUUGCUAAGUCUGCUGUGUCGAUGAAAACUCCGCUCUCCGUCAUAAAUGUGUCUUCGAUAGUUGGCAAGGUCGGGAACUUUGGCCAGUGUAACUACGCCGCGACUAAAGCUGGUGUAGUAGCCUUCGGCAAAACAGUAGGCAAGGAAUUAGCAAGGAAAGGCGUGAGAGUUAACACGAUAAUGCCUGGUUUCAUUCGGACUCCUAUGACCGAAGCAAUGCCAAAGAAGGUUCUGUCCACUAUCUGUGAAGGGAUACCGAUGGGACGUAUGGGAGAACCAGAGGAAAUUGCCGAUGUCACGUUGUUCCUCGCAUCUGAUAUGUCAAAAUAUAUGACAGGAGCAACAUUAGAAGUAACUGGUGGCUUGUUCAUGUAG